AUGGACCAAGAAAGAGCAAGAUAUUUGAAUGAAGUAGGUGCAACACUACUAUGUUUGAAUGUACCGGUGGGUACUCAACUCAUAUUUGACAACAAACAAAUGUUGGCCGCUAGUCUAUUCAAAGGUUAUAAAAUGAUACCUGAAGGUUUACAUUUAUUCUCUUAUUCAGCUGUAAAUGUUGAAGAUAAAGAAUCGAUAUCACCAAAUAUGAAUAGUUGUUUUAUUUGGUUUAACAAAUCACAAGUAAUAGUUAAACGAUGGAAUGUGGCAGAUGAAGAUUUUGAAAGUUCAACGACCAUCCAACAACAAGAAAGAGAUGCAUAUAUACAAUCGGUGAGAGAACAUGAAUUUGAUCAGAAUUUGGGUGCUUAUCCAGUCGACCAAGAAUCUCAUCUUGAAUGGAAACAAUUGACAGACACUAUUACACAACGUCUACUCGAUCGUAUACUACCAAUCGGUGGAACUAUUAUAGGUGAUCUAUCAGAAUCUUGGAUGAUAGAAUCUGAAAAGAAAAAUAAGAAUCAAACUUCAAACGAUCGAAAAGAAAGAGAAAUUCUAGAUAAAUUAGAAAGAGAUUUAAAAGAUUUUAAAUCAAAGUAUAAUAAUGAAAUUGAAGAAGAUGAUAACUGUGAUGAUGAUGAUAAUAAUAAUAAUAAUGAAAAGGAGAUAAAAAAGAAUAAUAUUGAAGAAGUUAAAGAAACAUGGGGUAUACCAUAUUAUUCGAAAAUACCAAAAACACCAAAGAAUCUAACACCUGUACAACUAUCAAAAUGGAAUAUGGAUAGAUCACAAGCAUUGGAGAUACUUUUGAAAAGGUAUUAUGCUGGAUGGGAGAUUGAAGGUUUAAUUGGAGAAUUACAAUUCUCUUUUGUAUUGUUUGUCUAUGGGUUAUCGUACAGAGCAUUUGUACAAUGGAAGUCACUUUUGACACUAUUAUUAGAUUGUGAUCAAUCUGUAAAAGACCGUCCACAACUAUACACUCGAUUAAUGGUUACCCUCAGACACCAAUUUCAAGUUGGACCAUCAGAUCUAUUCUCUUCUGAUCUAACAAGUAAUAUAUUCUUAAAACCUUUAUUAAAGAAUUUUAUUGAAUCUAUAUUUACUUCAAACAACAAUAACAAAAAUGAUAGAAUGGAUCAAGACGAUGAAAAUAAUAAUAAUAAUAAUCAAUUCAAAAAAAAUAAUAAUAAUAAUAAUAGUAUUUUAGAUGAUGAUGAAGAUAAUGACAUUAUUACAACUAAAAUUAGUAGAAGUAAACAACCAACAUCAACAACUACAACAUCAACUACAACAACUACAACAACAAACAAUAAUAUUUCAAUAGAAAAUGAAAAAGAACAACAACAAUUAAAUUCCAAUCUUUUAAAAGAGAUAUUGACACUUAAAAGAUACUUGGAAUUUAAAUUUAAAUGGCAUUUGGAUUUGUUUGAAAUACCAGAUGACUUUGACCAAUUUAAUCCAUAUGAUCAAGAGAAUGAAGAUAAACCAAUGAUCGUCAUUACUGAUCAUGAUUUUUAA